AUGGCAUCCCAAGGCCAGGUGAUGUUCUGGAGAGGCUGCAGUCAGGAGAACUCUGCUCUGGGGGAAGAACCUGGGGCUUCUCUCCUUCCACCACAUGAUCCACUACCUUUGACGAAGAGCAAUCACAGCAACUCUUGUCGCCACCACAGUCCUGCACCUCACCAGAACACCUCACUUCAAGUCUGUCACUUUCCUGCCUCCGCCUCUUUCCUAUCAGCAGCUCUGCAGACAUACGCCAGGUGUAAGGGAGGUAGGUUGCAUCGUAACAGUGUUUUUUUUUUUCCUAAUAGCACUACCACAGUCAUUAUCAUCCUAGCUGCUGUGAUUGCCUUGAUCAUCGGGUUUGGUAUCUCAGGGAAGCGCUCCAUCAACGUUACCGCCUUGACGUCACCUGGGAACAUUGGCCAGAGUGGCCUCCUGGGCUGCACCUUUGAGCCUGACAUCUGGAUGGGCAGCAUAGUGAUUCGGUGGGCAAAAGUUGGAGUGGCCGGAUUGGUUCAUGAGUUCAGAGGAGGGAAGGACCACCUGCAAGAACAAGACGUGGUGUUUCAAGGCCGCACGGCCAUUUUUGCAGACCAGGUGAUGGGUGGAAAUGCUUCCCUGGAGCUGAGAGAGGUGCAGCUAUCUGAUGCUGGUACCUACAGGUGCUCCGUCACCACAUCCCGAGGGAGUGGAGCGGCUGUGCUGCGGUACCAGACGGGAGCCUUCAGCACCCCCAGGGUCCACGUGCAGACCAGUAGCAGCGGGGACACAUUGGGCUGCAAAGCGCCGCGCUGGUUCCCUCAGCCCACCGUGCGCUGGAUGGCAUACAGCAACGCUGGGAAGUGCCUGCCUCAUGCUGCCAACACCAGCUAUGAGCUGAACUCUGAGGACAUCACUGUGAAAGUGGUUUCCUUUCUGCGCCACAUUACAGCCAACGCCACGUACACCUGUGUGAUUGAAAACAGCAUUGCCAAGGCUACAGGGAACAUCAAAGUGACAGAUUUCAACAUUACAACAGAGACCAGCUUACAUGUCGUGAACCUGAACACGGAGUCAGUGUCUUCCUCCCUUCCAGCCUGUCACUGGAUGCUCCUGCUUCCCAUGUGUCUGCUGUCAAUAUAGACCAUCUGCAAAUGCUGUUGGACGAGGAGGUAAGCUUCAAAAGAGAAACUGAUAAGCAUACACCUUAUAUACACAUCAGAGGCUAUGAGUCUCUAAUACAGUUCACUUCUGCUAGGCCACGUUCACGUCUUCUUCUACCCCCUAAGAAGUAGCACAAGCCAUGCUUGCACUCCCUUUACUCAGAUAAUCCUACUGCACUGUGUGGUACCUACAGUAAAUGCUGCUUACUGGGGACACCUUGAACAGGGCUACAAGGAGCUGCCAGCCUGAGCAAUCCCACCUAGACUGAGGAGCACUGGGGCCAUCACAAAGCAUAGGUCAACUGCCUGCAGGAUUCAUCAGUUUCGGGUGUGGGGCUCGAGAGGUAAACUGAUGAGCUACCAAAAUAAAUACAUAAAUAAAUCAGCUAAAUUGAACACCUCUGUCCUUCC